UAAAGGGAAAUAUUAAGUUGAGCUAGAGUGAAAGAUUAGGCUUUUGUAAUGACAAGUUCAUCAUUCUUAGCGAGAACAGAUUAUUUAUAAGCGAGAAAACGAAGAAAUUGAGAAAUAGGAGGGACGCCACCUGUCGUGCGUUGUGGUACCUCUCAUAAAGUGACGUCAGAGCCUCUAUUUUAAUUAUUGAACUACUGUUUCAUGUUACACUUGAAAAGUAAAUUAGAUAAAUUUUGGCAACAAAUGAAACAUGCGAUAGGCCAUAGUUAUUUUAUUGCUGCAUAUUACGGCCGUCGCGCUCACUCCACAGUAGUGCCGACAAGUUCUGGUUUCGCUCGGCCGCGCUGACCGCGCUCGCACUUUCGCUUGGUGAAUGGCAAAGUUUCCAUUUCGCGGCGUGCUGUGCUGUCCAUGCUGUGUCACGAAAGUUCUUGACAGCUGUAGUUCCCAGUUCCCAGCAGCGAAAUGCCGGGUCGAUGUGAUGUCGCGGGGUGCCCAAACGGUCCGCGUCGUCUGAACAAGGAUACCGAAAGCUCCGACACCAACGUGCACUACCAUGCGAUCCCGCGGGGCGAACCUCUACGUUCUCGCUGGCUCAGUGCAUUUCCCAUGCUACAGCGGGUAGGAAAGGUGCCGAUCAGACUGCAUGUGUGCUCGAUGCAUUUCCGCCCUGAGGAUUACGAACACAAUUCACUUUUGAGGCUGUCAAUGGACGUGCCUUUUCAGAUGCGACUUCGUCGCAACGCUGUUCCGUCGAUAUUGCCUUCAUCCCAUGAAGAACAAAUACCGUUGCUGCAGGACGAAAAUUUCAUGGCUAACGUUGAUGUCUUGAUCACGGAAAAUGACGCCACUGGAACCUCCAUUGAAAGCAACGCGGAUUGCGAGCACAAUUCUCUACCAAGACAGUCAAUCGAAGUGCCUUUCCAAGCGCGACUGGGUUGCAACGUUGUUCCGUCGAUAUCGCCUUUCCCCCUUGAAGAGCAAGCACCGUUGCUGCAGGACGUAAGUUUUGCUAACGUCGCCGACCCGAUGAAUGAAAACACUGCUGGCACUUUCACCGAAAGUAACGCGGAGACGCUUCCCUCUGGUGCGAAAGACGCGGAGACGCAGACAGAUUUUAUGCAGAUCCCCGCGAAAACAAGCAGUUUCCGCAGCGUCGGGAAUGCAAAAGGAGUGCAGGCUAAACCACUGGGCACGAGCGUUGCUGUUCAGGUGAAUACAACUGUGAAGGAAAUGAAAUGCAAGGCACUUCAGGUGAAUGUUCAGAACAUACCUACGCCAAAGACAUCAACUCCAAUCAAGAGACGACGUACCACUUGUGUCAGGAAACCAGUCAAGCACCGGAGACGUACACCAGCAAAGGACAUCAGCUACGUUCCCUCGCCUGACGUGUCCCCAGUACUGCAAUACCCUGACAUGCAUGACACAACGUACGAGCCGGAAGAAUUGACUUGCACCCCAGAGGUGACAUUUGAUGAGUGCGAUAUGGAUGAGGGGUGUACGCAACACAAAGACUACUUUCUUGUCUCUCGUGACAACCUGCUGACACUCCUGAACACGUGCCGCACUUGCUUGUCUACGUCCUGCACAGUGAGCCUCUCCUGUUCUGGGACACGCAUCACUGCUAAGACUGAAUGCCCAAGGGGACAUGAGCACAUGUGGGCGAGCCAGCCACUACUAGGAAUGAAGCCCAAAGGCAAUGUCGACUUGUCGGCUGCAAUACUCUUCUCCGGUUCAAGUGUUGCUGGAACACUCAGAAUGAUGAGGUUGAUGGGUGUUCAAGUCAUCAGUGAUCAAACAUUCUUCAGUUACCAGAAGGCAUAUCUUUUUCCAGCUGUCACUGCAGUCUGGGAUGAGCACCAGAAAGGACUUCUGGCAGCAGCUGGUGACAGCAGCUUGGAGCUCUGCGGGGACGGGCGCUGUGACUCACCAGGCCACAGUGCCAAGUACUUGACAUACUCGUUCUUGUGUCCUGGCACGGGAAAGAUAAUACACACUGAGCAAAUUCAAGUCAAAGAAAGUGCCCAAAUUCAGGCGAGCUCACAAAUGGAGAAAGAGGGCCUCAUCAGAGGUCUUCAAUUUCUCUGUGACCAGGGCAUCUCCAUAAGGUCCCUGACAACAGACCGCCAUACAGCAAUAAAGAAAUACAUGAGGCUGCAUUGCCCGGCCACCAAACACCAAUUUGACGUCUGGCACGUUGCAAAAGGCAUCAGAAGAAAAUUGACAGCUGCUUCACGGAAGGCUAGAUGCAGGGAGCUGUUGAGCUGGAUACAACCCAUUGUGAACCAUCUGUACUGGUGCGCAUGUGCUUGCGGAGGAAAUGGAGAUUUACUAGUGGCGACAUGGACAAGCCUCCUAAACCACAUAGCUGACAUUCAUGAUGGUCACGGCAACCUCUAUCCCCGCUGCCUCCAUGGACCAUCCAGCAGAGUGUCAUGGCUCAAAAUUGACUCUCCAGCGCACAAACAAGUCAGAGCCAUUGUCAUGGCCCCAGUGCUUCUCAAAGACAUCCGACAGCUCUCGCCAGACACGCAGACAUACAGCCUGGAAUCUUUCCAUAGUGUCCUGAACGGCUAUGCUCCUAAGUCUACCGCAUACACAUAUGAGGGAAUGAAGGCUCGAACACUGAUUGCUGCCCUCCAUUUCAAUGAAAAUGCCAACAAAGAGCAAGCAACAACAAAGGAUGGAACACAGCAAUGGCACAGCAAGACAUCCAAGGCCAGACAUAGCAUGAUGACUGUGUGUCCACUCAAGAUGGCUGCUACAUUUGAUUAUGUGCAAGAUCUACAAAACAAGGUGACCGAGCUUUGCAUCGAGCACCCGUCAUUUCCAGAAGCACUAGCCCAGGCACCAGAAAAAAUUGCACCAGUAUUUGUGCCACAGAACGAACCUAGGCCCUCCAAAACUGAGCUCAUAGCGGCACACAAGGCACGGUUUUUGAAGUUUUGAUACAUGUAGAGCAGACAAGCAACUGGUGGAGUUAUCAAAAACCAAUUGUUCGAAGGCUACACCAGUAAAUUGGAAAAGCAAAGACAUAAACUUCAUGCUCGAAAGGGUUUGUGCUGUACUGAAGCGUGGGAAAGAACAAACCAAGUCGCAUAGAUUGUCUCUGCAACUGAUGCUGCAUGCGUGCAAGGACACCAUAAGGUUUCUGCCGACUGGCACGGCUGAUGACAAGCUCAAGAACAUCAUAAGUCAAGCAGAAGACACUUGUUGACAUGCACAUCAUGCUGGGAAAGCUUUGUGCUACACUAAAGUGUAGGAGUGAGGGAGCCGAGUGGCAUAGGUUGUCACUACAACUGAUGCGGCAUGGCCACAAAAGUACCAUAAGGCUGUUUCUGGGUUCAACAGAUAAUGACUAGUUUGACAUCAUCUUAAAUCAUGGACAAGACACUUGGUGACAUGUGCAUCAUGUGGGAGGUGUAACAGGCUGACGAAUAAAUGCAAUACUGACCCUUGUAGGUACGCAUUCAACUGGAAACAGUGUUUCACGUUCAGCGUGCCAACAUUCAAAAGAAAAAACUAAAGUGCAUUGCAAGUGGCUCUCCUGCUGCUGCUUGCAAUGGUAUGGCUGACUGUGAUCAUCAAAUUUUAUUCACACAAGCUUUGGGAAGAACCUCAGAGAAAAAGCUACAGUCAGUAGCUUGACUAGGUCUGGGGUCCCUGGUGAUGACAUGGGAGGCAGGAAAUAAAACAUGAGCAAAAUGGAAUGGACACACAAGUGGAACAUCGCAUUACGUAGUGUUUCCAUGCACAUAUGCACUAAAGAAACUAUGAACAGAACUGUACAUCAGGAACCAUAUCAUAAAGACCAAUUACAGAUGGUUGUUAAAUAUUUGACGUGGCAGGUAAACAUAUUCAAAAAGCAAAGAACAUGUCCUGGCCCAGCUAAAAAAUUAAUUGCUCAAUAUGACAGCAGUUUCACUGUCCCAUUAUAUGAUAGGAAUAUAUUUGGCAA